AUGCACCUGCCUUACCUGUCCCGAGCCGCCACGGACCCGGCUUAUUCCUACUCGAGGGAUGCAUGCAUGGAGGCGGCACGCAUGGUCAUCCGCACUGAGCGACAACUCGCGAGAGAGGACCUUCCGUUUGUAUUAGCACGCCUGAAAUUUACGGGUGUCUUACAUUGCGUUUGCAUCGCCAUCAUCGUCCUUUUGAUGGAUCUCUGUCGUCACAAAAGCCCCCAGUCCGAAGGUGACCGAGACAGCCGAGUGGAGAUUUACAAUGCGUUUAGCAUCCUGGAAGAAGCCCGAGGUCAAUCGCCCUUUGCCGAGAAGAUACUAGAGCAAUUCUACGCGAUUCUCCACCGACACAAUAUCCCCCUUUCAGGUGGUGAAGGCAGGCCGGUAACCCGACCGGGCAAUGUCAGCGAGCAGGCAUCCAAACAGACUAAAGAUAAGUCUCUACCGUCUAGGGACAGCCAAAUGAGCAUCGAUGGCAUGCCUGAUCCGAGUCUUCCGUCAUUCGAUGAUCUCUGGCAGGUCUUUGACACCAAUGUAGACCCUGCAUCUCUCGUGGAUUGGAAUACUCUGUUCUUUGAACUGGACACUCCCUUUGUGUCACUGUGA